AUGCUGUUCUUCACCCGCCUCACCGCGCUCGCUGCAGCUGCAGCCCCUUUCCUGGCCCAAGCUGCUCCCGUUGUGGCGCCUCCAGCAAACGAGAUUAUCCCCGGAAAAUACAUCGUCCAGCUGAAGCCUGAUACCGACGUCGAAUCCAUCGCUGCCCACCACAACACUGUGCGCAGCAUACAUGCCCGCAACCUUGCUCGACGAGGCGACGAUGGUCCCGUUGGUGCUCCAGUGGACCGCGAGUACGGGUUUGGCGACUUCAAAGCCUACGCUGGAUCGUUCGAUGAGGCGACUGUUGAAGAGCUGAAGGCUCUCCCUGAGGUCCUCACCAUCGAGCCGGACUUUAUCAUGAGGAUCAACGCGGUGGUGACUCAAGCGAACGCACCGUGGGGUCUAGCCAGCAUCUCUUCCCGCAAGGUAGGAGCCACUUCAUAUGUGUACGAUGACACCGCGGGCAAAGGCACCUUCACCUACGUUAUGGACACUGGUGUCCGUAUCAGUCAUAGCGACUUCGAGGGACGAGCAAUCUGGGGCUUUAAUGCCGUGAGAGGCACUGCCGACGUCGACAACGAAGGCCAUGGAACGCAUGUAGCUGGAACCGCGGGUGGCGCCAAGUACGGUGUUGCUAAGAAGACCACCAUCAUCGGCGUAAAGGUUAUGGACGGUGACUCCGGAAGCGCAUCAGAUGUCUUCGCUGGAUUUGACUGGACGGUCAACGACAUUGUUGCCAAGGGCCGCCAAAACACCGCCGUCAUCAACGUCUCGCUUGGCUCUUCCGCUUCAACAACAUGGGAUGCCGCCAUCACUGCAGCAUGGAAGAAAGGCGUUCUCGUCGUUACAUCGGCAGGAAAUGAGGAUUCCCCUGCUAUCAACAGCUCGCCAGCUCGCUCCCCUGAAGUUAUCUGUGUUGGAAACAUCGAAAUCACCAACAAGAGGCACAGCGGCGGUGGAGGUUCCAACUACGGCGCUGUGGUCGACAUUUUUGCUGCUGGAACGAACAUUGUAUCGGCAUCCAACCUGGGCGACACAGAGACGAGGACGCUGACUGGUACUUCCAUGGCAUCUCCUCACGUAGCGGGCUUGGUCUCGUAUCUGCGUGGUCUCGAAGGACCAUCGACUGCUGCCGAUGUCAAGGCGAGGGUGUAUGCGCUGGCUACGCCCAAUGUCGUGACGGAUCCCAUGGGCUCGGUGAACCUACUUGCGUUCAAUGGUAACAGCAGGGUGACUACCGCUGGAAGCCCGAACAACGGUACCGAAAGCACCAGCGAGGGUACUGGAAUUCAGAGCAAGAGCGUUGUUAGCCCAAGCAACGGCACAGCAGUCCCUUGCAACAUCCUUGAACCUACCCCAGAACUCACUACUGCUGUUGCUGCCUGCAAGAAGCACCUCAAUGACGAUACUACUGUCAUCUCGCCAUACUCACAAAGCCUAAUGGACCUAGUGAUUAAGGUCAACGAGAGCGAGUCUCAACUUCGGCAUGAACGCGACACUGCUUUGAGUACCGUUGACGAACAGAAGCGAAAGCUGAAUGAUCUAUACGUCAGAAUCGGACAGCUGUGGGAGGAGAACCAUGCCCUCAAGGAGAACACCGAGGCCUCGAAGGACCAACGGAAGAAGACGGAAGGGCUUUGCGAGACAUGCCGAGUGAAAGACACCGAGAUCGCUCAACUUCACGAACAACUCGACUCUGCAGGUGAGUUAUCCGAAGAGAACAAAAACAUUGGCUCUCGAACCCAGGAGUGUAAUCUUGCGUUGAGUAUGAAGACUAACGAGUUGUUCACAACAGCUGUAGAAGCCAAGACCGAUCCCGAUGAGGACGCCGCACAGGCCGGAUUACGUAUCGCAUAUUUUAGAGCAGAGGAAGAGUUGCGGACCAAAGACCUUGCGCAUAUCGCGGAGAUAGCGAAGAUCAAAGAAGAGCAUGGCAUGCUCGCUACUCGCCUCCACGAGGAAGUGCGUGAUGCUCGCACAACCACCAACAAAGAACACGCAGAGAAGCUAUGUACGCAGGAACAGCUUUCCAAAAUCACGCAGGAGCUCUCCGACACCAAGAAGCAGCUCUUCGACUCGGAAGAGCAGUAUCGGAUACUCUACGAUAUCAUACCCAAGCCGGGAGGGGGUAGAAUGGCAAAGCCGCCGCUGCCAGCCAUACCGCAGUUCAGUCACAACGGAGAAGUGGAAAGUUCCUCACCCUCGGUACCCCGCGCCUUUAGCCUUGUGCCAACAGAUCAUUCGCAUCGUAGUCACAGCCAAGACAAAGACGCUUCUUCAACCCCAUCACAUAUCUUCAAUGGCUUGAAGUCUAGCCGAGAUCAGCACACCCUCGAGAGGACCUGCGACGCGACGCGCGCCCCUCCUUCCUCAACUCCGCCGAAACGGGUUAUUGACCAAGUCGACGAUGCAGCCUCGCCGGCGCCUAUCAGUAAGCGAGGCCCUGGCAGACCACGAAAGGUGACGUCUACGCACUACAACCCACGAGCUCAUCCGCCCCCGGAGUCCGAGACUCCAUCUACGUUCGUCGUUAAUAAGCCUUCGCACAAACUCGACCAAGACCAACCAUCGACACAGCGACCAAAGAAGCGGAGGACGCUCGGUUUCGGACCGUAUAAACCCAAACUCUCAUCUGCCGAUGACAUACCUUGGCUGUUCUGUGUCGCGGGCGAAGGCGAAGGCAUCAGAUAUCAUACGCUCGACGAUUUAUCCCCCGAGGCCCAAGCGAUAGUCACAGAAAGGUUCCAAUACUGGUUCAGCGCCAGCAGCAAUGCCCAAUAUAACCUAAGCGAUACCUACCACCACAAUGACUACGCCGAGAUGGCCAAAGAAGGCAACCGGCUAGCGAAUGUAGGAGCAGGAUGCGUACAGAAUAUGGUACUUGCAAAAGGUAGACCAUCAGAGACUGCAAAGCAGACUGGUGAGCAUGAGGCUUGUGACUCAUGUCAGAGCAAGGGCUCCCCGUGUGUCAGGAUGAUUCUCCACGACGGGAACCCGGUCCUAUGCUGGUACCGUCAGGGCUCGGUUAUGUCAUCAAUUACGACGUGGCAAGACGCAGCCUAUUGGAUAAAGCAAAGAUCGUCAAGAGUCGAAGAGCCCGAACCCGAGCCUCUGCAGUCUACUGAUCUAGCAGAACCACCCGUAGUGCCCCGUAAGAGAUGGUGCACUGUCGAACGUUACGCCCUUUGGCGCUGCAUCAACAAGUGGUGCAAAGAACACGGUGUAGACGCAUUCACAGCACAAUUCAACCAGGCCACAUAUUUACAUUUUGCGGAACAGAUCAAGACAGACUGUGGAGCUCAAGGCAAGGAGUCAGAUCGUAGCGGACAGGGCGUCCGCGGUCAGUUUAUAGACGCGCUUCGCCCUGACCCCACGCUACCUAACAAGCCGAUCACGGAGUUGGCCGACCGUGCUGAGAAAUUGAAAGCAAAAAUCGAACGCGGUGACCAUGUUUCAGCGGAUGAGAGGUAUCCGGAAGCAGCCAUCAAGAUUCCAGGGGAUGACAAGUCUGACGCUGGAUUGUAA